CAACAAAUUAUUCGAAGAAGAAAAUAUAAAGUUAAGCAUUCCAAUGCUCUUUGGCAUUUGGAUGGGCACCAUAAGAUGAUUCAGUGGGGAUUCGUUGUCCAUGGAUUUAUUGAUGGUUACUGCAGAACAGUAUGUCACAAGUCCGAGUUGAAGUCAUCGAAAUUAAUCAUGGCUUGUCCAGGUGGUUGCACUAGAAAUGAGCACAAAUAA